AUGAGAUCUUCCGGUUCCAGCGGCCCUCGGCCCGCAGGCAAGGGCAAGGGCAAGCAGCAGCCAGCAAACGAGGCCGGUGACGGCGCAGUGUAUCAGCCCGCAGGUGGAGUUCGGCUCGACGAGGGCGACGUGGACAGCGAUUUUCGGAACCGAGGCCGAGACCGCGAUCAAGGCAGAGGCAAUGGUGAGAGGCAGCCGCGCAUGGACGCAGGAUUGGCGAAGUGCUGCUGCCCCGACGCGACGGACCUAUGGAACGACGCGUGCCACAUCUUCAGUGGAAAAACGACGGUGUUCCAGCGACUGUGUCACCGCCGAGGCGACGCGGUGGUGAGUGAGGGCGCGCGCCUCCCAUUGCAGGCGUUGCAGGGCGAUGCUUGGGGCGCCUGCGAGAGCAUCGGCUUCGAGAGGAUGGGCGCGAAAGAGGCGUUCGAUGAUAUAUUUGGUGAGCUGGACGCGCUGUAUAGAUAUGCGCAAGAGGUGGAGUUCCCGGUAAGAGGUGACGCGUUCUUUGGAGAGUUUUCGAGUUUGCCGAAGGAGGCUGUGAAUGCGCGCGUGCUUCGGCACGGCCAGGAGCUGUCGAAGCUGCGCGAAGCGGGGCUGGGCCUGCCGAGCCUGCUGGCGGGCCGGCGCGUGAUGGCGAGAUCGGCGAUUCCACGAUGGCAGAUUCCGAAUCUCAAGACGUUGUGCAACAACGAGCUCACGGUGCAG